GGUUAGAGAGAGAUGCUCUCAAAUUCUAGUGAGAGAAAGUUUCACUUGAAUGCCUUGACUUGAUUUCUUUAGAUUUUCCUUGUGCUUUGGUUUGAUUUUUACUUCUACUUAGUGAAAAUCGAAUUAUAGUUUGUUCAUUUCUGUUUGAUUUGCUCGAUUUUGAGCUCUUGGAGAGUCAUUUGUACUCAGUGUUUUCGGUCAGUUUUGUGACUGGUUCUUCACUCACCACCUUACAGCUUCAAUUUAUUCAAAGUUCUGUGGCAAUUUCCGAUUUCUUGGCCAUCUUUGUCUCAAGGUAUUGUUCACGUUCAAGUUUUUGGAUUUUGUUGCGGUGCUGGUUUUCUGGUUCCAGCUCUGGUUCUUCAGGCGAUUUGAGGUCAGACUCGGGGUUCAUUGGUUCCUACCUUUUGGACGUUCCUGGUUUUCUCCCUGGGUGCUUCUGAUUGCUUUCUGGUUUUCUUCCUUUGCUGGUUUUUGGUUGUUCUUCUGGCCAGCUUGGCUGUUGGCAGCUGGUUUCUCUUUCUUUGGUUUUCUCUUGGUCUCCUGACCCAGUUCUGUGGGCUUUUCCCUUUGGGCCUCUGUCCCUCUCUUGUGGGCUCUCGGCCAUUUGGGCCUCUUACUUUCAGAUCUUUAAUGGGUAAGAAAAAAAGAGUUCCAUCUUCUUCUUAUUCUGGGCCGGCCCCCCCUUUACCUCUGGCAGUCAGGCAGGAUGUUCUUGCAGGAGGUAUUGACACCUCCUUGAAGUCCAACUUAAUGGAGAAUAAUAAGGUAAUCUUGCCUUCACCUAGUGUAUCAUUGACAUUAGGGGCAAACGAUACGGAAUCAGAAAACUCUGAUUUUGAAUCAAAUAUGGUGGUUUCGAAGGAAAAUAAAACUGUAAAUGGUGCUGGAAUUGGGGAUGGGAAAGACAAUAAAGCCCCUUGGGUUAACCUUUUUAAAGACAAUCGGAAAAUGGAAGAUAAUAUUAAAUUGAAGCCUUUCCAUAACCAAUCGGAUGAAGUCGUUUUGGGUGACUUGGAUGAAGAUAACAUCGAGAAUUCUUGGGGAUAUGGCCUCGUUGGAUAUUUUGCCGGUAGGUUUCCGGGGAAAGUUGCAUUACUCCAUAUGUGUGAUUCAUGGAAGGUGAAUUACAAAUAUUUUGUUCACUCGAGUGGGUGGCUUGUCUUUAAAUUUGAAACGGAUGUGGAUAGGCUUAGUGUCUUGCAUGGAGGCCCUCAUUUGGUGUAUGGUAGACCAUUAAUUCUAAAGGUUAUGCCUCGGUACUUUGAUUUUAAUGAUAAAGAUGUGAGCACGAUGCCGGUUUGGAUCAACUUGCCGGGAUUACCUUUGGAAUUUUGGAACACGAAUGCAUUGGGAAAAAUUGUCUCCAAAGUAGGUAAACCCAUUUCGACCGAUAAGGUCACGGCAAGUAGAGGUAGACUAUCCUACGCAAGAGCACUAGUUGAAGUCGACGCAUCUAUUGAACUUGUGAGGGUGGUGAAGAUUAGGCUCCCAAAUGGAUCUUUGAGGGAGCAAGAUAUUCUUUUUGAACAUGAACCUAAAUUUUGUGGUUCUUGCAAAGUCUUUGGGCAUUCCUCUCUUGGUUGCAAGUAUAACAAAAAUACCGCAGGUGGUGAGACUUCAAAAUCCAGUGAGCUGGCUGGAAAAGGGCAGAAUACUCAGGCUGGGAAUUGUUCAAAUUUCCAGCAACCACCGGCUGAGACAGGUUCAGAAUCCUGUGAAAAAUCAGCUGAAAAUGUUGAUGGACAGAAUAGGGAACUCAACCGACUACAAGGGCAGCCUACUCUACAGCCAAAUAAUGAUGGUGUGGACGGGCAGGAAACACAAGCUGAAGUACAGGCAGAUGGCCCUUUUAUUGAGGUUGUCAACAGGAAAAAUGAAGCUGGUCGUCGGAAAAAUUCGACACAUGUUCACCGGCCCCAAGUGUCUACAAUUCAAGGCUGUCAUAUGAGAAAUUUGAAGGCAGAUUCUUCAUCUACCAUGACAGGGUCUUUCUCCAAAAAUGUAACCAAUGAAAAAUUAAAAGAUAUAGCCGACGAGGUCAGGAGAGCGAGGAAAUUAUCUGAAAAGAAGAAGGGUAUUUCCCUUGCUUCAUCAUCAUGAAGAUUGGCUCGUGGAAUAUUAGGGGCUUUAACCCGCCCCUCAAACAAAAUGGGGUUAAAGAAUUCAUGCGACGACAUGAGAUUGAUGUUAUGGGCAUCUUGGAAACAAAAUUGAAUGAUUUUAAGUUAUCCCGUAUUAUGAGGAAUAAAUUUGGUGGUCUAUCCUCUGCUAACAACUUUCGCCAUCAUAAAGCGGGUCGUAUUUUGGUUUUGUGGAAUUCCUUGAAGGCUGAAUUGGAAGUCUUGGACACUACGGCACAAGUUAUCCAUUGCUCAAUUACUUGCAAGGUAACUUCACGCACCUUCCUUGUUAGUUUUGUUUAUGCAUUCCAUACUAUUGUGAACCGCAGGCCUCUUUGGGAUAAUAUUGAGGAAUUUGGUCUCAAUUGCACCUUGCCAUGGUUGGCUUUAGGGGAUUUUAACAAUGUGCUCAAUUUUGAUGAGAAAAGUAAUGGGGCGGAUGUCACUCCGUAUGAGAUUAAAGAUUUUGAAAUGUGUUGCCAAAAUGUUGGACUUACGGAUAUGCGGUCAAUUGGUUGUUUCUACAUUGGGAACAAUAAUUCUGUUUGGAGCAAAAUUGAUAGAGCCAUGGUAAAUGGAAAUUGGAUGCUUGAGAGUUAUGACAGUUUUGCAAACUUCCUUCCAUCGGGUUGCCUCUCCGAGCACUCACCUUGCAUUGUGUCAAUUUUUGGGGAAGUUGAAAGGAAGAAAAGGCCAUUUAAAUUUUUUAACAUGUGGACAUGCCAUGAGGACUUUCAUGAUGUGGUAUCAAAUGGUUGGAAUCAAGUUUCUUUUGGUUCUAAACAAUUCUCACUUUGUAAGAAAUUACAGAGUCUUAAAGGGGUGCUAAAAAAACUCAACGACAAGCACUUUGCUCACAUUUCCUCUAGGGCUGAUUAUGCUACUAAAAAGUUGGAACUGGCACAAGUUGAAUUACAUAAUGAUCAGAUAAAUCUUCAACUAAAGUCUGAGGUUGCUAGAUUGAGGAAGGAAGCUACUAUGCUAUGUGAAGCGGAAAGGAAUUUUUAUUACCAACAAGCAAAGUGUGUUCAUUUGAAGAAUAGUGAUAAAUGCACCAAGUAUUUCCACUCUUUGGUCAAGAGAAAUGCCAAGAGGAACUUCAUUCCGGCAGUUAUCAAGAGGGAUGGUAAUUACUCUACUUCCCAAGAAGAGGUGGCGACGGAAUUCACUCACUUUUAUAGUCAAUUAUUGGGACAAAGCGGGUGUGGACAGCAUUUUAAUGAUGAAAUUCUAAGUAACGGUCCUAAAUUGUUGGGG